GGGAAACUCUCGCAAAGACUUCCCGGCCAGGUGCCGGCAAAUAUGGAGCGGCCGGGCGAGAGGACAGCACGUCCGCUGACCGGGUUGGGUGAAGAAAACGCCGGUCCGGUCCCUGAGCCGCUCGGAGCGCUGGAGGGCUCGCCACCUUGGCUGCAGCCUCCGAACUCGGGCUGGGAACGAAUUCGAGAGCUCUUUCGGCGGAAUGACCAAAAGGAAUACCCAGAAGAAUCUGUGCAUAUAAUUAAAGCAGCGUUUACGGGGAGUCUUGUUGGCUUCGUCUAUGGCGGUAUACCUGGAUAUUUAAAUGCCAAAAAACAGUACAUUGAGCAAUGUGAAGGAGAACUCUAUCAUAAUCGGCUGGAUGCUGUGCAAUCUAUGCAACGUUCAGCAAUCAGGGGAUUUAUCCGAUAUGGUUGGCGGUGGAGCUGGAGAGUUGCUGCUUUUGUGGCAAUAUUCAACACAGUGAAUACUUGUUUGUCUGUAUAUCGUGGUAAAAGUACCCUUGGUCACUAUACUAUUGCUGGAGCUUGUACCGGCAGCUUGUUCAGAAUGCAGUUGGGUUUGAGAGGUCUGAUUGGAGGCAGUGUUAUUGGAGGACUCUUGGGUGGCUCUCUGGGAACAUUACUAAUGGGAUUGCAAAAAGUUUCUGGAGAAACCUUUAUUGAGAGAAAGAAAAGGAAGAAAAGUGAGUUACAUGCAUUAAAGAUGGCAAAAUGGGAAGCCAGCCUUGAUAUUCCUGAAGAUAUUUCAGAAGGAACAGAUAAUAUCCUACAGGAAAAAGAUGGUAGAUAAUCUUCAAAAAUUCAAGUUUAAAAAUGGACUAGAAGCCCUUUGUGGGACGGAGAGAAGUUUGAAUGCCUCUGGACACAUAAUUAAAUAUGUGCAGGUGACAACAGAACUACUUUUUGUGGCGAAAACAGUAACUUUAAUUUUUGAAAGAAAAAAAAAUAAAGGUGUAUAAAAAUAAUUCCAGGGAAUAUUAAUAUAAAACACAAAUUCUUAGAUGUACUGUUACUGCUCCCUUAAAUAUAAAAAAAAUCAGUAAAUUAGAUGCAAAACUGUGGUUUUGUUCAGUUUAGAACCCAUAAUGUAAAAGAAGUUUGAAUCACUUAUGCCUCAAUAUGUCCCUUAUAUCAAAUCCUUAUAGCAAGCCAGUACCUCACAUUCCCAACACUUCUUUCUAGACAGAGUGGUCUCAAACUCUAUUUCUUAGUGCCACUCCCUUCCACCAGUGAUAAUGAACUGAGUUUAUUCUAUUUCUGCAACUAUUAUUUAGGAAAUAAUUUGAAUGAAUGUUAGGAAAAGAAAAGAAAAUAUUUCUAUGUCCGAGCAAUCUCAUCUAGCUGUUUUGACUCUACCAUUCUAGCAAACAACCAUGAGAUGAAGAUGAAUUAAAAAAAACAUUUAUCUCAAAUAUGUAAACUGGUACUGGCAUCUAAUUAAUGCAUCAACUGAUUUUUUUUGUCAUGAAUAUGGCAAGGAAGGGAACUACAUACCACAGUGAGUGAUUAUGUGAAUUAGUUCAUGGUUGUUAGGUUUGUUAUUCUUCUAGCCUAGUUCAGCUGACCCAAUCAUAUGUCAUUUGCAAGAUAAUUUCAAACAUGUUUUCAGAAAUACUGCAUAAACAAUUUAAAACUGUUCUAUUAUAUGGUUGCAAUAUAAAAGUCAA